UCUCUGUUUCCAGCUAGCAGCGCUUUGUAGCGCGUUGUGCGUUUGGAGCGGUGGGAAGGGAUUGACCUCGUGCUAAUCUGCUCUUCAGCAGCGCUUCCUCUUGCCAACGGAGAGGGCUCGGUGGCGUGUGUGUGCGUGUGUGUGCGUGCGUGUGUGUGUGUGUUUGCGUGCACGGGGAGUGUGUGUGGGGAGAUAGACACGCGGGAGUGUGCGCGCGGGGAGUGUGUUGGGCGUGCUUCUGCUUUCGUCUGAGCCGGUGGAUGGGCCGCCCGACAGGAAGUGAGGCGCGCAGCUCCAGGGAGGGCCGUCCCGCCCCCCUCCCGCGCGCUCGUCUGUCCCGCCGGCCUCGCUCAGUGCGCACUUCGAUUCGGCAGCCUCAGGAGCGCGGGCGGGGUCUGUGCUGGGCUGGAGUCGCGCUGACGGUGACGGUGAUGAUGGCGAUGACGUCGGCGGCGAUGGUUCCCGCCGCGGGCCCCGUGGCCCUCCAGCGCCGGCGCCUGUCCCCCGCCGUCCUGGCCCUCACCCUGCUGGCCGUCACCUCGUCCUCGUUCUCCGCCCUCUCGCUCUACCACACGCUGGCCCUCAAGGCCGAGGUGGCCGUCCUGCGCACCGAGGUCCUCCGGAGGAGGGAGGAGCAGCAGCAGAGCGCCUCAGCCCCGCUGUCCCGGGACGGAGGAGAGGGCCGGCACGCCAGCGGCGAAACUGAGGCUGGUCCCGGCGAGGACCCUGCAGACCCGCGGCCUGGCGUCCUGACCCUCCAGAGGAGGAGCGCCGACCGGGCGGCGGUGGGAACAGUGUUGCAGCCGUGUUUGCAGAUGAUGCCAAACAACAAGAGAAGCCUCACAGAGAAAGAUUCUCACACAGCCAUACCCUGGCAGACUGGUCUGAAACGGGGCUGUGCCCUGGAGCAGGACAGCGACACCAUCCUGGUCAAGGAGGAGGGCUUCUACUUUGUGUACGGGCAGGUUUACUACAUGGAUAAAACAUUCGCCAUGGGCCACAUCAUCAUCCGAAGGAAAAAGAAUGUUGUGGGAGACGAACUGCAGAGUGUGACUUUGUUCCGCUGCAUUCAGAACAUGGACGCACAGUACCCUUACAACACAUGCUACACUGCAGGAGUCGUGAAACUGGAGGAGGGCGAUCGAGUGGAGCUCCUGAUCCCUCGUAAGACUGCCGAAAUCUCCCUUGACGGGGACUCCACCUUCUUCGGGGCCAUCAAACUGGUGUGACUUGUUACCCCUGGCAACCAGCACCCCACUGAGGAGGAAAGUGGGGGGGGGGGGGGUGGGGGGUAAGGGGGGGUUGCCGGUGGAGCUGACACCAGAGCCCGUGCAGCACGGAGACUGGGACAGGGUUCUGAGCUCUAACUGCUGCUCACCAUGCACACAGGAAGUCCCAUGCACUGCACAGGAAGCUGGUUGCUGGGCUGGGUCUGAUGACUAUCUCUGUUGGCAGGGAGGUGUUGGUGGUUUCACAGAAAGCAAUUCACAGUGAACAGAAUAUAAACUGUGCCUCUGCCAGGUUAAUAGGUCGUAUUUGAUUUCAAAAUGCGUUGUUUAUCGAUGGCAUUUCUAUCAUCAGUCUGCCCUGCAUCACCCCUCCCUCUGAACUGAACUGUGUGUUUCGGGUGUUCCUGGCUGUAUGAGUCCUUCUCUUCUUUAACAGAAGGUACACUUUCCCUCUGCGUUCUUCAGUGUGUCACAUUCUCACUCGUUUUAUUGGUCUUUAUACACCCCGGGGCUCAGGAGGAGACACACCGUUGCCGGCAGUUGAUGGUGGCAGUCGGUCGACUGUGGUGUCACGGCAUGUAAUACUGUAUGGGGUUCAGCCGAUGAAUUGCCACUUGUAUUUUGGUUGCUUUCUGUUGUCUCUGGGAGUGAUCAUCUCAGCUUUUUUUUUUUAUAAAUGUACAUACACAUAUAUUUCAUGUUCUGCUAUGUGCUAUAGAUGGGAGCACCAGGUCCACAGAUGCAGUUGCAAGCAUCUGGCCAGCAGGUGGAAGCAGUGAUCAGCUAUUCCUUACUGCAGCAGCAAGCUGUAUAGAAUGAAUAAUGGCGGUUUUUAAAAAUUGUAUCCCUCAGCUAAAUACCUUUCUCUGCCAUAAAAUCUGAAGUACCUUCACAUCCACUCCUUACAUUCACAACACCACAAUUUCAGCUUAAGAGUGACUUUAUUUACAGAAUGUCAAGUAAAACUAGACUCAAUUUUAAGAACCAAUCAUUUUGACUGAACUGUGAUCAAAAUAAACAAGUUUUAAUGAUUUAAA